AUUUUCAAAUCACUCAUGGACUUAUCAUAAAAGAAUCCUCCAAUCCGAGAAGUCAAUUCGGAGAGUGCAUCCAAGGGAUACUCCAGUAAUAAGUCUUAAUUCCAAUCCACGUUCAAAUAUCAAUAUCCAAUUGAGAGUUAGUAUUAUCCGAUAUAUUCAAAGAAAAGAAUGAGCAUGAAUAAUCAAUCAAUUCAGAGCAAUCUCUCUCCUCCAUCCAAGAAGUAAACCCCAGAAAUGAUAGAUCCCAAUUCGACGAAGAAUCUUAAAUGUUCAAUUACAACUAUGAUUAGAUCGUCAAUCAAAAUCAAAGAUUAGAAAGUCAAAAUAUUAGUCUUCAAGCUCCCAUCAAUCAACAAUAGAUCGAUCUACAAACCAUUCAAGACUAAGAACCCAUCUAAAAGGGCCCAAGCCCAAUCAAACAACAAUAACAAUAACUCCAGCCAUCCCGCUCACAAUCGCAAGUAUUCUAGCCCUUCCAACCCUAUCAACAACAACAAAUAUCAGCCUCCAAAAGCAGAAUAGACAGGUCAUUCGAUGGAAUCUCCGUCUUUACUAAUGUCUCCAAAUAGCGAACAACCCCUAAUAGUCGCAAUAAGGCCAAUUCCUUUUACUAUGAUAGAAUAGGGAAUCAAGUCAGCGAAAUUAUGCCCCCCAUGAUUGACAACUACUUAACCUAUGUUCUCCUUCAAACAGCAUUACCUUUAUUAAUAGUGUUCAUUCUAUAUGUCAUAAAUUAGUAUGAGUUAUCUUUAAAUCAAGUUUCUUACAGCGAGCAAUCGACCAAUUUUGCUACCUACCAGAAUAGUAUUGCACUUGCAAUGGUUUCGGAGCUAAACUAUGGUCCUGGGCUCGACAACUCAUAGUAAUUUAAAUCAAUAACAAAUUAGAUGUGGAAAUUGGGCUUGAUCGUAUAUCGAAAGUAAUUCUUGUGCAGAUUGGCCAUGGGUUCAAGCAAUUUGAAACAUAAAGAACCAGUUACAGAAUACAUUUUCUUGUUUCUGUUCACAAUUAUCUUUGAUUUCAUUUUAGUUAUCUGGAUAGAAAAUAAUUAAGACUAUGUUUACGUGAUAUUAGUUUAUUGCAUCGGAGUUGUGGUCUUGUUGAAUACAUUUAGAGUAAAAGAUUGGGAUAUAGUUUUUAAAAAAGGGGCAGGAGUGUUUUUGUAUGACUUUGCUUUGCUCAUUCUAAUGGUGUUCAUUUAUUACGCUAUUCCUAAUGUUGUGGAAUCACUCCAAGAUCGCUAGGGUAGAAUAUCGGGAAUGUAGAGUUUUUUAUACCUUUAUCCCUUAUUCGAUUGGAUUAUGGAAAUAUUCAUGGAUUAUAUUUACAACUAGACUUAGUUUGCCGAAUUGUAUAUCUAUCAACUCCAACUCAUUAUUCUUGGCAUGAAAAUAGGGUAUUUUUGUAAGAGUUUAAUAUUAGAAUUUUAAAUAUAGUGGAUAUUUGGACAUUUGAGUUUUGGUACAAUAUUUUAAUGCUUGGCAUUAUGAGGGCUAACAAUUCCUCCAUGUUUCUCACUGUGUUUCUUAGAAGAUGGGUUUUCUACUUAAUUCCUGAUUUACAAUUCAUUACUAAAAUGAGUGAAACCAAAAAAUCUUUGAAGGGAAAACAUGGUGCUUAUUUAGAACAUCUAAUAUGGAUUGUUUUCUAUUACUUUUUCUAUUUAACCAAUUCGAGUGUGCCCUAUGUUGCCAAAAAAACUGUUUUUAUUAGCAAUUGCAAAUUCGACAAUGAGAUUUGGAACUUUACAAGGGAGUAUUAUUAGCCAAUUGUUAUUUGGGGUUUGUUGCUUAUUGCUGAGAUUGCUGGAAUCAUGCUGAACAAAUAGAAGUAUGAAAUGUUGUUUUGAUUUCUUUUAGAAAAUAUGAUAAUAUUAAGUAUGAGGGUGGUUGUAAAUUCAAUUUGAUAGGAAAUGUGUUUAUACGAUUGUCAGGUUAUUACUUUUUUUAGAUCGCUGUAAUGAUCCCAUUCCUCUUUAAAUCAUUAAAUGAUAUUAGUUAAAUAAAUUAGCAUUUGGAAACAAAAGAUACAGAAUAGUAUUGAUUUUUAUCGUAUAUAUAUAAGUG